CAAUCCAAUCCUUAUUGCUAUAUUUUCUUUGUUAGUAGGAAAAAUUGCAUCUCUUUCUCCUUCCUAUAUAAACUUAUUACAACAUUCGAAGCUUCACAAAUGAGCCUAAAAUCACAAGAAUGAAUGCGGUAGUGCUAUUGUUGGUUUCUAUCUGUGUAGUCUUGUUGACAGCAGAAGAAACAGACCAGUAUGAUUCGAAGUUUGACAACAUAGAUUUGGAAGAGAUUUUUCGAAGUGACAGGCUGAUCAAAAAUUAUCAUCAAUGCUUCAUGGAAAAGGGAAAUUGUACUCCGCAAGGUACAGCAAUUAAAAAAAAUCUGCCUGAUGCCCUGAAGACCGAAUGUUCUAAAUGUACAGAGAAACAAAAGGAGAAUGCCAAAAAAACCCUGAAUUUCCUCUUUGAUGAAAAACCAGAUUUAUAUAAAGAAUUGGAAGCCAAGUACGAUCCUGAACAAAUAUACAGAAAGAAGAAGGAAAAGCUGGGUAAAUUCUAAUCCUAUUCCAGCUUAAUUUAGUUAUUUCAGACAAAUAACUGUUGGUGAAACAUAUUUUGAAUAAUUAAUCACGAAAUAAAAUUCCAGUUGAGGUA